AUGUCUGCAAUUGAAAAAAGCGGUGAAUUUCCAGGGUUAACGGAUCGUUUGACCCUCAUUUCUGAGGCCUCCAAGUACACCGCAGAGACGGGUCGUAACCUCCUCAAAAAGGCCUUUAAAAUCCGCCAGCUCUCUAAGCGACGGCUUGCGGCUGCUAUAGAACGCGGUGAUGAAUUGGCUAAAAUGAGAUUUGGGACUCGAGAUCCUCCUGGAAAUGUGCCGCUUGAAGAUUCCUUAGUGUUGCCCUGCGCAUCCCCUCGUAUUGACUUUUACAGAGCGUUUCGUCGAUUCAAGGAAGAUUUUCAAGUUCGCCAAUUUGGCGAAGAACGUCCUAAUGUUUCUAAACUAGCCACUAUUGAUGAAAUGGACUGGGUUCGUUCUCAUAUAAGGGAUCCAGUCAUAUUGGAAUGCAUGAAGGAUAAGUUGGUUUAUACCUCAAGUGAAGAUGGUUACUCUAUGCAAACUCUGUUAAGUCGACUUCGUGCUCAUCAGGACACGAUUAGCCGACCUGACCAUAUUAUUAUCAUGUCGACACUAUCUGGAAAGGGUCUAAUCGGAGCAUACGUUACAAGUUAUUGGGAUUCGUCACGUAAAGGUUACUAUGGCGAUCCCUCGACGGUGCUCUUCCGUCUUCGACCUGGACCUAUGGAAUCCUACGUUUAUUUAGGAGGUGAUGAGACGCGUUACCAGUUAUGUGCACAUGGUGAAAUGGGUAUCGGGGGAGGAAUAGAUGGUGGCCCGUGUGGACUUUUCUUCGACAAGGAUAUGAAAUAUGGUAUGUCUGGAGCUAGUCCUACAUUCAACAGUAAGUGUUUGAUUACUGCACCAGAGGAUAUACUCGGCCCUGGCCAUGUUGAAGGACAUGAGGAUUCAGAGUACUGCUACUUCAGAAUUGGUGUAAUCGAGGUAAUCAGCUUUGUGGAUGAAAUAGAUUGGAGUCAAGUGGGGAAGAAUCUAUAA